CUCGGUAAGCAUGUUAGUACUGAAUGAGCCUUCAGUGUUUGGCUUGACAAGUUUCCCCGAGCGAUCAUGGGGCGAAGGAGAGAGUAGUUUAGUUGACAGAUCUGUGGAAAGUUGCUCACUUUAAGCGUGUUUAUUUGUGGGGGGGUGGGUGGAGACCUGACGCUUUUUUUUUGGUAAAUGUAGUUUCUCUCUGAGCAGUCAGGUGUAUUAUUGGAGAGCCCGCACACAGGAGUAAAGAUGAACAGCCUGUCGUUUGACGAUCCUUCGCUGGAUAACCUGGAUCCCACACUGUCGCUGAAUGACCCCAGCGAUAUUGACACGGCCCUCUUGAACGACAUUGACGACAUGUUGCAGCUGAUUGGAAACCAGGACAUGGAGUUUGGAGGACUGUUUGACAGCCCUCCAUACUCAGUGCCCCCUCCCAUCCAAGAGCUUCCUGUUUUGACCCAGACCAUCACAACAGCAGCCCCUCCGACCACCCCUACCCCACCUCCGUCUACACCCUCCUCUUCAAUCCUAAGCAGUAGCCCCCACCUGGAUGCACUCCUGGGCCCUCCCAUCAACCGUCGUUCCUCCAAGACCUGCCUACAGCCUACAACCUUCCAGCAGUCCCCCCUGGCCCAGGUGCCCAGCUCCACCCAAAGGCAGCAGCCAGCCUCCCCGCAGCAGCAGCCUCAGAGCCUCAGACAGCCCCAGGUGGAGCAACCCCAACCCAUCCUCAGUCCAACUGCCCCGGCACAGGCAGCUUCCCCCCACGGUUCACCGGGACCGAGCCCAGCUUUUAGCUCAACGCCACAGGCCCUCUUUACCACGCCCGUACCCCAGACUUCACCUCAACCACAGACACCACUUCAGGUCCAGACGCAGCCUCAACAGGCCCCAACCACCUACAGCAACAGCUUCACAGUCGGCUCUCCUUGCAGUCUGAGCCAACCCACCACCAGUUUGUCAUCCUCACCUCCAAGUGUCCAGCCAGUGACCAUUCAGGCUCAUAUCCAAGGGCUGACCAGCACGUCGUCUCUCCUGGCCACGACAGCAAGCACGACAGCCCAAACCAUCACAUCCCACGUACAGCAAGUACCCGUUUUGCUGCAGCCCCAGUUCAUCAAGGCUGAGUCACUGCUGCUGACCACUCUGAAGCAUGACCCCUGCAUUGUUACGACAGUGUCCUCUCCCACUACCCUAGCCACCACCACCACCCCAGUACAGAGCACUUCACUGCAGGCCUUUAUGGGCGGUGGCACCAUCCUGACCACGGUGCCCGUCAUGGUGGAUACUGACAAGCUGCCAAUCAACCGCAUCGCCAUCAGCGGCAAGAUGGCCGGCCAGCCACCAAAGGGAGAGAAGCGCACGGCCCACAACGCCAUCGAGAAGCGCUACCGCUCCUCGAUCAAUGACAAAAUCAUCGAGCUCAAAGAUCUGGUGGCCGGCACUGAGGCCAAGCUCAACAAAUCUGCAGUGCUGAGGAAAGCCAUCGACUACAUCCGUUACCUGCAGCAGAGCAACCAGAAACUCAAACAGGAGAACAUGGCUCUUAAAAUGGCGGCUCAGAAAAACAAGUCUCUCAAAGACCUGGUUGCCAUGGAGGUGGACGGGGCAGCUGAUGUGAAGAAUGAGCUGCCCACCCCUCCGGCCUCUGAUGUCGGCUCCCCCACCUCUUUCUCGCACUGUGGCAGCGACUCAGAGCCCGACAGUCCGAUGGUGGAAGAGAUCAAGCCAAAUUUGGGCAUGCCGGACAGGCCGGCAGCAGGGGGGAGCGCCGGUGGCAUGUUGGACCGUUCCCGCAUGGCGUUGUGCGCCUUCACCUUCCUCUUCCUCUCCCUCAACCCUCUGGCUGCCCUGCUCUGCUCAUCAGGCAGCAGCUCAGCAGUAAAUCCUGCAGCCACUGCCCCCCAUCACGCAGGAAGGACCAUCCAGGGUCUGGAUAUUACAGUGGACUCGUGGGGCUGGAUGGACUGGAUGCUACCAACUAUACUGGUGUGGCUUCUGAACGGCGUUCUGGUGUCUGGAGUUCUGAUCCGUCUGUUGGUGUAUGGAGAGCCCGUAACCAGACCACACUCUGGAUCUUCUGUCUUGUUCUGGAGGCACCGCAAGCAGGCUGACCUGGACCUAGCGAGAGGAGAUUUCGCCCAGGCCAGUCAGAACCUGUGGACCUGUCUAAAGGCCCUUGGUCGUCCCUUGCCCACCUCACAGUUGGACCUGGCCUGCGCUGCACUCUGGUCCCUGUUGCGAUUCUGCCUCCAGCGCCUCUGGGUUGGCCGAUGGCUGGCCGCCCGUGCUGGAGGCCUGCGAUCUGACCGCCCCCUGCAGGAGGAUGCCUGCAAGAGCAACCGUGACGCCGCCCUGGUUUACCACCGCCUGCACCAGCUACACAUGACAGGUAAGCUGAAUGGUAGCCACCUGUCAGCCGUGCACAUGGCUCUAAGUGCAGUGAACCUGGCAGAGUGUGCUGGCUCCUGCCUGCCCGUAGCCUCUGUGGCCGAGGUCUACGUCUCCGCAGCUCUACGGAUCAAAGCCAGCCUGCCAAGGAUCCUGCAUUUCACCUCUCGUGUGUUCCUGAGCAGUGCCCGCCAGGCAUGCCUGUCAUCCAGUGGCAGUGUGCCUCCAGCUAUGCAGUGGCUCUGUCACCCGCUAGGUCACCGCUUCUUUGUGGACGGGGACUGGGCUAUCCGCAGCACUCCUAAAGAAAGCAUCUACAGCCAGGCUGGCAAUACUGUGGAUCCUCUGGCCCAGGUGACUCAGGCGUUCAGAGAGCACCUCCUGGAGAAGGCUCUGUACUGCGUGGCUCAACCUUCUGGAGAGAAAAUCCCCAGCCAGGGCGAGGGGGAGUAUGCUGAUGCCCUGGAGUACCUUCAGCUGUUGAUCAGUGCAUCGGAUGCAGCCGGUGCCACCUCCCAGUCCUUUGCGAUCGGCUCCAACAUGGCCACGGUGACCGGGUGCGACCCCCAUUCCAAGUGGUGGUCCUCGGUUACCGUGGUGAUCAUCAACUGGCUCCAGGGAGACGAUGCCGCGGCGGAGAGGCUGUAUCCGACCGUCGAGCACUUGCCGCGCAGUCUGCAGAACGCAGAGAGUCUUCUGCCCAAGGCAUGUCUGAACACGUUCAGGGCGGUGCGGGCUCUGCUGUCCAAGCCAGAAAACUGCCAGCUGAGUCUGAGCUACAGCGACAAGGCCAGCACCCUGCUCCGAGACAGCCUCAACCUAGGACCACACUGCCACAGCUCCAGUUUAGACAAGGUCGUCCAGUUGCUCUUGUGUGAUCUCCUGUUGGUGAUGAGGACCAAUGUGUGGCGUCUGCAGCAGCAGCAGGGGGCCGGUCCUGCUGGGUCGGGGUCGACAGGCGCCAGCGUCCCCGCGGGGGUCCACCAGGCCUCGCCGCCAGAGCUCCAAGGCUUCCAGCAAGAUCUGAGCUCCUUACGCAAGCUGGCGCACAGCUUCAAACCUGCAAUGCGAAGAUUGUUUCUUCACGAAGCUACAGCCAGGCUAAUGGCAGGGGCCAGUCCCACCCGCACACAUCAGCUCCUGGAUCGCUCGCUGCGACGCAGAGCAACGCCCGGGGCCAAGACAGAGGAGUGCGAGACUCGGCCAGGCCAGCGGGAGCAGGCGGAGGCCGUGAUGCUGGCUUGCCGCUACCUUCCCCCCUCCUUCCUGUCAGCUCCCGGCCAACGGGUGGGCAUGCUGGCGGACGCGGCCCGCACCCUGGAGAAGCUGGGAGACAAGAGGACCCUCCACGACUGCCAGCAAAUGAUCAUCAAGCUGGGCAGCGGCACGACUGUCACCAACAGCUAGAGAGAAGGCACGGGGAGGGGCUGAGAGACAUGCAUGGACACUGUAUAUAGAAACAUUUCUGACACACACACACACAAACAGGAAAGACAACCCCACAGACACCACAACCAAUACAGUCUCUGGUAUUUUGGCGUGCAGCUUUUGAACAGAUUUAUUAAAAUAUACAAGUUCCUAUCAAAUAGUCAGGAUUGUUUUUCAUGGAUCGUCCCUCCCGCCACCCCAACAACACAUCAGGAGGCACUUGUUAGAAUCCGCGCUCUUGUUGCUGCGGAUCGUUACCAGAAUAUAAGAAGCAUUUUUCUCUUACGGAGCUGAAUCACCCUCGUGAGAACGCAUUGCAGUGCCACAGUUUGUCCACAGAGAGGAGCCAUCUCAGUUCAGUGUGAAUGAUGUAUGUGAGCGCGUGCGUGCAUGUGUGUGUGAAGCAUGAAUGAGAUAUUUGCCAUGCGUUUAUUCAGCCUAGUCCCAGCCCUCGAUUUUUGUUUUUUUCUCGACGUGGCAGGAGUUCUCCGUAGGUUAAGAGUGGCGGGCUGCUCUGAUUGGCUACAGAGUGAUGCGUCUCUGCAAAGCGACCAAACUUGGACCGGUCUGACCGCGAGUUUGUUCAGCGGGUAGCUGCUCCGCAGGUUGUUUUUUAAAAUGGUGUCAAAGAUGAUUUGAAUCAUGUUUCACUGUCGAUAAUCUGCGGCGAGCUCUCUCUUAUAUGCACUAGCCCUGCGAGGCUGAUUUUUCAAGGAAAAGAAUAAUAAAUAUGGCUUUAUGAGGUUAUUAUCAUGAACCUAUCAUUGUUUUGUUUUGCUGUGUACAUAUUUUAAAAUGUAUUUAUAAUCUGUAUGAUUUGAUUAAGCAGUAUUUUGCAUAAGCAGAGUGAUAAAUGCUUAUUUUCUUCCCUUAAACCUGUUUGGUAGCUUUUGACCAGGCCCACAUAAUGUAGUUACUGCACUGUAUUGCUUAUGUUCAUGAGUGUCAAAACGGGGACAGUAUCAGGUUAUUUAUGUCACAUC